UCUUGGGUUUUGAAUCUUUCUCGAGGCCGGGAUUAUCCUUUGGUUUAUAUCUGGUGGGUUGUUUCUUUGGUUGAUAUCGUUUUCUAGAAAGCCUUUUCAACAUUUAUUAUACUCUUACUCCACAUGUUUUCGAGAGGACUGCAGCUCUAAAGCAGAGAGGUAUUGGAUUUCAUCGGCGGUGGAAGGCGGAGCGUGUGGAGGCUCCAGCCUGCAGGACUACAACAAAAUACAGCUGCGCUCCAACCCGCCGCCGCCGCUGCAGAUCGCUGAACUCGAAGCGUCCUUUGUUUUAUCCAUUAAUGCGCACUCCACCUCUGGUCAGGCUUUAACCUCCGCUGCCGGCACUGUGAAAAGAUGCUCCUCGACAUGACUCUCCUUCAGAUUCUUGCCGUGCUCUUCCUUCCUGGAGCAUGGAGUCAGAGCAGCAGCACCAGGCUUGGCGUGGUGGUUGAGGCCAAGAACAUCACCCUCCCUGAAGGAUCUAAGGCCGUCCUGCCCUGCCACAGCCCCCGCAUGGUGUGGACCCGUGACAGACUGAAGGACCGUCAAAGGGUGGUGCACUGGGACGUGGUCCGUAGCAGCCCUGAGUAUUCAGUGGAGCGAGUCCUGGACAUGUCCCCUGGUGCCCGCCAGAGGGUCUACAAUAGCCUCAACAAGGGUCGCAUUUCCAUCCCAGACUCUGCGUUCAAUGAUGGCAACUUCUCCCUUAUCAUCAACAAUGUGGUUGCAACGGACAAGGGAGUUUAUACGUGUAAUCUGCACCAUCACUACUGCCAGAUUCACCAGUCAAUUCAAAUCCAACUCAAUGUCACCAAGUCAGUUCGAAAAGAGAAACGUUACUGGGAUGGAGAGAAGACCGUGUUCGUGGUCUUGCUGGGCAGCUCAGUGGCGUUGCCUUGUGUGAACCGGCGGCCCCUGUGGAGAGAGGGCCUCCAGGAGGACCAGCAGCAGGUGGCUCACUGGGACUUCCAGGCCCCUGGAGUGCGCCCUGAUAGGGCUGACCGUCUUGUGGACCUCUAUGCCUCCGGAGAGCGCAGGGAUUAUGGACCACUUUUUGCCCGGAACAAGAUGAACGUGGCGGAGGAUGCUUUUACUUUGGGGGAUUUCUCACUGACCAUUUCUGACUUGAGGCCUGUAGAUAAAGGCCUGUACUCCUGCCACCUGCAUCACCAUUACUGUGGUCUGCAGGAGAGGCGCAUCUUCAGACUCACUGUGGGACCUCCACUUCCGUCCGCCACCACUACAGCACCCAGAAUUUUCCAGAAUGACGUGCCAGAGCCAAGGACUGAAGAGGUGGAGAGCCCACGUGUGGUGAACGUCAUCCUCCCUGAGCAUCGAGGUUAUUUCGUGCAGCAUUUGGGAUACUUCCUGGCAACUUUCUUGCUGCUGGCGUUCAUCGUCGUCGCUGUCAUUGUGCUGACGCGACGACGCAAAAAGAGAGGGCUGGAGUAUGACCUGCGCAGAUGUGAUCGAGGAAACGCGAUCAGCGGAGGUGAAAUAUCGUUAGAGUGCACGGAGAUGAAGGCCUGUAACCAAGAACCUCUGAAUUCAGACUACAAAAACAACCUACUGAAAGAGAGAGGUAUGGCCAAAGACUGCAAUGUGGACUUUGAUGGGAAGCUGUGGAAGUGAGUGCGAUAUUUCUGAGAUGCUGCUGGCAGGUCCAGGGCAAACACCGGAAGAGUAAAGGACCAUGAGGAGGAGGGGACGGGCGGGCGGGCGGGUGGACGGACAGGCGGGGGGUGGAGGAGGAAACCCAGGAGAGGACAGGAGGAAUACUCCCUCUGCUGUAACUCUAGCAUACUAAAGCUUUUUCCACUGAAAGCCACCAUAAUUUUUUCCGUGUUGUUUUUGAUAUAACUUGCAUUUUCACCAGCUGUUACAACAAUAUGAUUAGACAUUUAUUUGAUCCUUACUCUUCAUGUUUGAGUUGAAUAUUAGGCGUUUUUUAAAUCACUUUUUUUUAUAUAUAUAAAAAUGCAUGCUGUUGUUUAAAGGAUGUUUUAUGUAUGCAAACAAAGCUGCAAGCUCUCAGCUAAUUUUCUUUUUUUUAUCAUUAUUUGCACAAAUUCUGCUGUACUGUCAUGUGUCAAAAUACUUCAUCCUCAUCAACAUCAUAUUUCAGUGGUAAAUUUACUGUAUGCAGACAGUUUCAGACAGUGUUUGGAAACAAGUGCCACACUUUUCUAGCUACAGUCAAUGAGACAUUUUAAACAGAUCAUAGCACUUUUCUACAAAACUCAGCUGUUGUGACAAAAUGACAGAAAUCAGGUUUAAAUUCCUCUCUGGAUAAUGUUUUUUUUUUCUCCCCAAUGGAUGUAUGCAGUAGCCUCUGCUCAUUGAUCACUUAUCAGGUGAAAGACAAUGAAAGUGCAGAACCAUGGACAAAAGGCUCAGUCUGCCAAAACUCAGGAAAACAAACUUUUAGCCAUUAAUUUGGUUUUGAUUUAAUGGGCUGUGCAGCACUUGUUUUGUUUAAGGCGCGUACAGUGUACCCUAGUUUAUAAAACACUGAAUUUUCAUCGCUAAAUCUGCUGAUCAAUGACAUGUCAUAAAACUGUGUGGCUAUAGCUCUGUGAGGACUUACUGGAGUGUCUACUGUCCCAGUAAUACCAAAUCACAAACUGUAACCCUGACCCUUUCUUUUUUCUCUCUCUCUCUUUGUCUGUUGCUCUCUUACGCACACCCUGAUGUUGGUCUCUUCUAAGAAAAGAUUUUUGCUAUUAAAGAUUCGCAACAGUG